AUGAAAUAUCAAUAUGAUCUCGGUGACGACGAAAGCUUAUCAUUAUUAGACAAUCCACUUGGUCACAUUAACGAUUAUGGGUCUAAAGCAGCACCGGCAGUAGAUGAUGUUUCCAUAUCGGUCGAAGAAGAUUUAUGGUUUCCAAAUGCGACAUCACCAAUUUCCAGUGAAGUGACAAGAAAAUACAACAUCAAGAAGUUUUUUAGUCAUAUUUUCAUGUUUGGACUAUUAAAUAUCAUACGUGGAAUAACUUUUUGUAAUCCAGUUUCCGGUGGAGUGACAAGAAAAUACAAUAUCAAGAAGUUUUUUAGUCAUAUUUUCAUGUUUGGACUAUUAAAUAUCAUAUAUGGAAUAACUUUUGGAGUAACAUUAUUUCCUCGUUAUCAUGUUCAUCAUCUUACAAUAACUAACAAUGAUGAUGAUGGAUUUGAAAGAUAUAAAUUUAUUGGUAUAUCGAUGUAUUUCAUCAGUUGUAUUGUUUCACAAGUCGCGUCAAUUGGUAGCAGAUCUCAAGGCGGAAAUUACACAAUGAUAAUGCAAAAAAGGAAAGAGGCAGAAAUAAUUAGAUACCAUAUUGCACCGGAACAAAAUAAAACUAUUCCAGUGGGAAAAAUUGAAGAAGUGAUUUACACAACAAUCUUCGCUUAUGGACUAAGUGCCACGCUAACUGGUAUCGGACUUUUAUUAUUUGUAAUAUUCAAAUCCAAGAUUGGUUUCUUUUUGGAAUUUUUUCCAAGACACAUUUACAUUGGAGCAACUGGCGGUGUUGGCUUUUACUUGAUAAUUUAUGCUUGGGAUCAUUUGGCCGAUGAUUUGGCAUUUUCUUUGCCAAAGAAUCCAAUCACUAUUUUUGAAUUCUACACUCAGUUCAAUUUUGGAUUGAUUAAUUGGGGAAUAAUAAUAAGAACUAUUCCUAUAAUGCUUGUUCUCGCAUUCUUUACGAUAUUGAGUGUGCAAAUAAACAUUAGUAAAUUGGAACUCUCGUUUGAUGACAAUCAACUAAACACAGAUCUUUCUUUGGAAUACAAAGACUCUAACACAUCGAUUAAACCAGGAGAAAAAGAAAAUAAUCGCGUUAUUAUAGGACUGAUGCUUGCAUUUUUGUCUGGUGUAAUGGUAGUUAUCGGGCCAUAUUUCAUUAAAUAUAUCCCUAGGAUACUUGUGGGUGCAAUAAUCUUCUACGUAGGAUUGGAGAUGAUAUAUGAUGCAUUGAUAAAGUCGUGGAAAUAUGUCAAUAGAUCAGAAUACAUCAAUAUCAUAGCCACAGUAAUUGCAAUGGUAAUCAUCGGACUUAUCGAAGGAAUAUUUUUUGGAAUCGUGAUCUCUUAUAUAUUUUUCAUGGUAUUAAAUCAUCAAAAAGGUGCUAUUAAAGCAUCGUUUUCGGGAAACUCAGCUAGAUCUUCGGUUAGAAGGCAUUACCGAGACCAAAAGUUUCUCAAAAAACUUGGUAGCCAAAUCUAUGCAAUGAUGUUACAAGGAUAUAUGUUUUACGGAUCAAUGAAAGGAGUUGAAGAUGUUAUAAAGAAAGUUUUGAUUGAUCGUGAACAAAAAACCAAGCCAAUUAGAUUCUUUAUUUUGAAUAUGCUUUGUGUCACUGGAUUUGAUAUUAAUUCUGUCCAGGUGCUUGAAAGAAUUCAAAAGUAUCUUCAACAUCAAAAUAUAUACCUUGUAAUCUGUGGAAUAUCAUAUGAAUCGCAAGUCCAUAAACCAUUAAAGAAGUUGUCAUUUUGGAAAGACUUGACUAAUAAUGAGCAUGUAAAAUUUUUUGAUGAAUCUAACGAAGCAUUAGAAUGGUGCGAGAAUUCACUGUUGGGAACUUAUUAUGCUAAACACAAAUCAUCACUCAAUAAUAAUCAACUUGUUGGAGUACAACAUGAACCCAUGCCAUCUUUACUUAGCGCAUCCAGUGGAUCUUUUCGUAGUCGUCAAUUUGAAGAUGCCGGAAAGGGUGCAUUUGAAAAUGAACUUCGUUUUAAAAGUAAAAACAGACUUGUAAAUAUUUUAAUGAAAGCAUUUAAUGAAAUUACCAAUGAACAAGAAGAAUUCUAUAAUUUGCUGUCUCAGUAUUUUACAAAGGAAGAAGUACAACGAGAUUCAACCUUGUGGGGGCCAGGAUCGGACCCCAAUUGUAUAUAUGUGGUGGAAGAAGGACAGUUGACGAUCACAUGGACAUCAUGGACAUCGGCAGACAACAAACCAAAUAUAAUUGAGAGCAUUUUACCACUUACCAUGGUAGGCGAAUUGGGAUUUUUCACUGAUAAUCCACGACAAACAAAUUUGGUGACGAAAAUUCCAUGUGUCCUAUGGAAAAUGGAUCGGAAUGCUUAUUUGACUAUGACGAGAUCAAAAACAGUAGAAUCAUCUUCAGAGAAAGAGCAAAAUCAAGGAUUAUUUAUUAAUGAUAAUGACGAUCCCGAAAUAGAAUAUUCAUUCGAACUAUUGAAGAAAGUGCCAUUGUACAAUUAUGGGAAAUAUGCUACGGAAUUAAGAUUGACAGAUAAAAUUGACACAUUCGACUUGGAUAAUAAAUGGUUGCUUACUCAUCCAAAAUUCAAUAUUAAUUUCCAGAAUCUUUGCAAGUUGAGAUGUGACUCGACUUACAAUUCAAAUUUUUUCAAUAAGUUAUCAGAAGUUUCCAGAAACAUUCAAGUGUUAGAAAUCUAUUUCAAGAAUAAAAUGACUGACAAUGAGGGACUAGCCAAUUUGAUCCAGUCACAGAAACAAAUCAAGAGACUUCGAUGUUUCUCACAUAGAAACAUUAAUAUUUCUAAUAAUAUCAAAAAAGCAAUUUUGAAUUAUCAUUCAAAUUCAUUGAUUGAAUAUUUUAGUUUUGGGUUUAAUAAUUUGGAUUAUUCGGUCAUGGAAUUCAAUAAUUUAAGGUCGUUGCAUUUAUAUGAUAAGAGUUCGGCAAAUAGAACACCAUUAUUGAACACGGUCCAGAAACCUACUUCUUAUCAAAGUAUCAUAGACGACGAAGUCGUUAUUGAAAGCGAAAAUUUGUCAACAUGGCAAUUAAUUAAACUUACUAUUUGUUUGACAGGGUUACAAUUUACAUGGACUGUGGAAUUAUCAUAUGGCACGCCGUAUCUUAAAUCGUUAGGGCUAUCACCUGAACUGGUCUCUUUAGUAUGGUUGGCGGGACCUCUUUCAGGUCUAAUCAUACAACCUUUGGUAGGUGGAUUGAGUGAUAAAAGUACUUUUAGUAUAGGUCGUAGGAGACCAUAUAUUAUAAUUGGCGCAUUCAUGGUUUGUUUAUCGAUGGCUGGUAUUGCUUAUGCUAAAGAAUGGGCCACUUUAUUAGUUGUGCAAGCAUCAUGUCGAGCCUUGAUAUUGGAUGUAGCACCGUUGUAUCAACAAGAGAUAGGAAACGCAUGGGCAAGCAGAAUGAUGCAUUUCGGUAAUGUUAUUGGAUAUUUUACUGGAUUUUUAAAUUUGCUGGAUUUAUUUCCUUUGUUAGGGAACAGUCAAUUGAAAAUAUUAUGUGUGAUUGCUUGCACUGUUUUUAUAUUAUCUAUACUCAUCACUUGUUUAAGUACAAGAGAAGUUGUCUACGAACCUAUCGAUGAAGACAUGAAUACAACGUGGAUUGCAGAAAUCUAUUUACAUUGGUAUCCCAACGAUCCGGAUUUCCUCGUUAAUGCGGCUCGGGCAGGUUCAUUUGGUCUACUAAUGUACUCUUUUGUAUCAGUUGCUGCUGCCAUGAUUCUUCCUCACCUAACACCAACAUCUCAUUCAAGUCCUAAUAACCCAUUCACCCUCUAUAACAUCUAUACCAGUUCAUUGGCCUUGUUUAGUAUCCUGAUGAUGUGCACAUAUUUUGUAAGAACUGUGACAGAAUCAAUCAUUUUGAUUGCUUUUGUUGGUAUUCCUUGGUCUGUUACCAUGUGGGUGCCAUUUACGCUAGUUGAUGUUAAUAAUAAUAAUAACAAAAGGGAAAGGACAAGAAGCGAUAAUAUUAGUAUUAAACCUAGAAUUAACCAAGAUCUUGAAAAAAAUGAGGGUGAUUACAAUGAUGACCAUGUUGACAGUAGAAAAAAUGACAAUAUUAAUAAUGAUGAAAAUAGUGUUGGAGGAAUCGAGGGUGGUAUUGAUUCUGGAAUUAUAUUGGGAGUACAUAAUAUUUAUGUUGUAGCACCACAAUUCAUUGUUUCAUUGAUAAGCGCAUGUAUAUUUUCAUUAUUAAGAAAAAUUAAUAAUCAUAAUUAUGAUCACGGUGGUGGCGCAAAUGAAAUGAGUGAUGAUGGAACUGGGUGGGUGUUGAGAUUUGGUGGAUUGAUGUCUUUGGUUGCUGCAGUUUUAUCAAGAUAUUUAAUUGAUUUGCAAGUUUAUCGUACGUAA